GAUCAACACCACCUAGCCCGGUCGCAUACCUCACUAAAGAACUCACCGUUGGUGCAAAAGAAAAUCGCAGCUGCAUGGGACUUGCAAACACUGACCCAAAACUACGUGAGGUUAUUGCUGACGGCGAUUGUAAACGGUGAAUCCGGCCUACUGGUCCACUGCAUCUCCGGCUGGGACCGCACACCACUAUUCAUAUCAUUGCUCCGUCUAUCCCUGUGGGCCGACAACGAGAUCCACCAGAACCUAUCUCCUUUGGAGAUGACCUACCUCACAGUCGCUUAUGACUGGUUUCUCUUCAGUCACAAUUUACCUGAUCGGCUACAAAAGAACGAAGAGAUAUUCUACUUCUGCUUCGAUAUGCUCAAGCACAUAGGCAAGAAGGAGUUCUCGGUGUCAACACUCAAGAAGCCAGAAGUGGACAUGCCACGCCCCCAAGCACCAUUUCGAGGGGAAGACACUACCGAAAGCAGUGCAAGCAGCUGUGCAGGACUCCCUAUUCCUGUAAUCAACUCAUGCCCGCCUGAAGAGGAACCGAAACAAAUUGACACCAGUGGCAGCAGUGCCUCAAGCAGUUUUAUUCAGCUCGGUUUGUCCGAAGAGGAGCUUCCACGUACUGCGCAACUUACCAGGAAGCAGCCUGUCAUCGGAGCCUCGUCCCCUGUCGGUGCUAACAGUCCAUGUCAUCUCGAAAUUGCUAAUGGCCGAGGCCUAAAAGUAGGAAGUCCGGCGUCUACGCAGUCCUCGCCAUCCGCCGCAAACGGAUCUCCAAGCAAUCACUCAGAAAGCUCCUGGACCAUGAUCGAGAGUGCUGGAUCCACAUAUGAUUCUGCUUCAUCCCCGGAAAGCGCAGCUGGCCAGCGUUCUUUAUCUAGGCAAAGCUGCUCAAGCAUUGAAAUCGCCGAGAAUGGCGAGGACAACGACAAACGGAACCUGCAGUUCUUGCUGAAACGUCGUGCCGAGCGACUGCAAGAGAUCCGCCGUCUCGUGCAAAAACUCUAUACGAAAAAAUGAGGCAAGCUACGCCAACCAAAUCUGCUUCUGAGCCCGCCAUAUACGUCAUCACUAGAACCACUAGCGCAGCUUUCACGCUUGAACAUCCCCAGUCGUUGCUGCAGUCCGACGCCUGUACAUGAAGUCAACCAUUCCAGCUUUCGGCAAGACUGUUUUGCAGCUCUUAGUCUUUCGCCGCUCUAGGCUCAUGACCCUCUUAUAUUGUGCCUAAAUUCCUGGCAGUAUUUCAGGCAAGCAGCGCGACAGCGGUGACAGAAUUCAUUCAAGAUGCACACACCUUUCACCUGCCAGGUUUACUAAUUCCGGCCGUCUUCCUACCUUUUGUGUAUUAUCGAAUUUUG